AUGCGGGUGGCCUUUCGACGGUUUCCAUCACCCUUCCAGUUGAUGGCGGAGGCCUAUCGCGACCAACCUCUUGACAAGCUGGAGACUAUCGAAGGGUAUUCGAUCACUCCAUGGGAAGCCCGUAUUAAUACAGUAAUCGACAACGACGCGGUCAAGGCCACCGAAGCAAUCCAGUCCGGGUGGGCAGUGAGGAUAGCGACAGGGAGCUCGGCAAGAAACGGGGUUGUGGGCUACGGAUCGGCCACAAUGCUGCCUGCAUCACUCAGAGGGGGUGGCGGCGUGAUAACGGCCUCGCGCACACUCGAUCUGAGAACAGAGCAGAACCCGUAUGUAGCAGAGCUGGCGGCGCUGGCAGAAGCGGUGAAGUCUCUCCCGCAGAGGCUCAACUACCGUGCCAUCCACGUGUUCACCCGCAACAAAGCGGCUGUACUAGCCAUCCGGAACCCGCGGCAGCAGUCAGGCCAACGAGAGAUCCGCCAACUAUACGCCGGCGUGCAAGAUCUUCAGAGGAAAGGCAAUAGAGUCACACUCUUCUGGCUCCCAUCAGCUGUAGAGUCAGACCUGGCGCAAGCGGCCAAAGCUGCAGGAAAGGAAAGCACGAGACCGAACAAGACACCGCAGAAAUGA